AUGGCAACCCAAUCAAGCGUUGAGGCGAACCCUAAGUCAACUACUAUCGUAGACGCAAUUGUUACCCCGCCGCUACCAAAUUGGAAGGAGCUGCGCGACCUUCCCGCGCCUAGCGGCCCACUGCCCGAAGACGAAGAAGAUGACGAAGACGAUGCGACAAGUAAAGAGGAGACCUUGAAGCCGAAAGAAGUAAAAGAAGCCAAAGAAAGCGAGGAAGGAGACAAAAGCGAGAAGGUCUAG